CAGUGUGUGUGAGAAAGGAAUUCCCUCGCACAAACAAAAGCGGCUGUCGGGGCGUUUCAGUUCCCUACAGCCCCCAGAAUUUACAGAAAUAAAUGCGCUCGAUACCUGUGGAUGAAGGCGGUCUGAAGCCCGGUGGAUGUAGGAUGUAAGGACAGCAGCUGAAACAAGCAUUUGGGUGUUUGAAUCAGGAAGCAGUUAUUAUUCACAUUUACUGCCUGGAGACUUUUUUUUAAAAGAAAAAUUAACAUUGCGCCGACUCCUCCUGGAGGUGUCUCAUCUUUUUUCUGUCCAAGCUCCAAACAUCAACCCAAGAGAAACGCGCCUGCUUGGAGCCCAAAGGACAAAGGUCUCUGCGUCAGUUUCAGGAACAGAGAUUGCAACUGCGAUGGGAAAUCUCUGAAAAAUGCAGUCUACUUGUAGGGGUAUUCGGUGAUCUGAACGAGUCUUACAACAUGACAGGUCAGGUCCUGGGGGAACCGGGCAGCGGGGCUCGCAUGGAUGACAACGCAGCCAUCCGUAUAAACGUGGGCGGCUUCAAGAAGCGUCUCCUGUCGGACACUCUCUCCCGUUUCCCCGAAACGAGGCUGGCGCGCCUCUUGCAAUGCCGGUCCAAAGAAUCCAUCCUCGAGCUUUGCGACGACUACGACGACACAGAAAAGGAGUUUUACUUCGACAGGAACCCGGCACUAUUUCCUUAUGUGUUGAAUUUCUACAACACUGGGCGGCUGCAUGUCAUGGCCGAGCUGUGCAUCUUCUCCUUCAGCCAGGAGAUCGAGUACUGGGGCAUCAAUGAGUUUUUCAUUGACUCCUGUUGCAGCAGCGCCUACCACUGUAGAAAAAUGGACCAAGAUCGGGAGGACUGGGAUGACCGGAGCGAUGAAGGCAGCACAACUUCAUCAUUUGAUGAGCUGUUGGAGUUUUACAACGACGCCAGCAAGUUUGAUAAGCAGCUCCUCGGGAGCGCACGGAGACGAGUUUGGUUAAUGCUGGAUAACCCCGGUUACUCAGUGGCCAGCCGCAUCAUUAGCAUCCUCUCUAUCCUGGUGGUGCUGGGAUCCAUUGCCACCAUGUGCAUGAACAGUAUGAGUGAAUUCAGCCUGUUGGACAGCGAGGGUCAACCCACGGAGGACCCACGUUUCGAAACCGUGGAGCACUUUGGCAUCGGUUGGUUCACUCUGGAGCUGGUGGCCCGGUUCGCAGUGGCUCCAGAUCUUCUGCACUUCUUUGAUCACCCGUUAAACGUGAUAGAUCUGGUCUCCAUACUUCCAUUUUACCUGACGCUGCUAAUAAACCUGGUGGUGGAGAGCAGCCCGGCGCUAGCCAACCUGGGACGAGUUGCGCAAGUUCUGCGGCUAAUGAGAAUUUUCCGCAUCCUGAAACUGGCACGUCACUCAACGGGGCUGCGUUCCUUGGGGGCCACCCUCAGAAACAGCUACAAAGAGGUUGGACUGCUGCUUCUGUACUUGGCCGUCGGCGUGUCGUUUUUCUCAGUGAUGGCCUACACGGUGGAGAAAGAAGACAGCGAGGACCUUUCCACGAUCCCGGCGUGUUGGUGGUGGGCCACCGUUAGCAUGACAACAGUGGGAUAUGGGGAUGUGGUGCCUGUAUCCAUAGCGGGCAAACUCACCGCCUCAGCAUGCAUUCUGGCCGGUAUCCUAGUAGUUGUGCUUCCAAUUACGCUGAUUUUCAAUAAGUUUUCCCUCUUCUACAAAAGACAAAAACAGCUCGAAAUUGCAAUGAGAAGCUGUGACUUCGAUGAGGGAAUAAAAGAGGUGCCCUCUGUGAACCUGAGGAACUAUUACGCCCACAAAGUGAAAUCCCUCAUGGCCAGUUUGUCAAACAUGAGCAGGAGUUCACCCAGUGAACAGAGUCUGAACGAAUCCUUAAACUGAAACGAUCUGACGUUCAGUCACGUUGAUUGACUCGGUUCAUUCAACGUUGCUACGCGGGAGCUGUCCAGGGU